AUGUCUGUCCCAAGUGGUGGUGGUGUUGGUGGUGGUGGUGGUGGUGAUCGCCUGGUCGUAGCAGUCAAACAAAGCAACGUUGUGCAACCUUGCUUUUCUGUCUCGUGGCUGCCCACACAGAACAGGAGAUGUUUCUUUCCCUACACGAGGCGACGUGACGAGAAUGUUUUUGUAAAAGGAGUCCACCUAUGGCGGCCAGAGGUGCAGGAGCCGGCGUCUAUAGUCUGCUCCAAAAUGGACUCGAGAUUGGGCAACGAGAAAAUGGUGGCAUAUGCAGCGUUGCUUAGAAGGCAACCAGGGGGGCUUGUAAGAUGGCUGCAGGAUGGGAUGGGUCUUUUCCAAGAAUCUGGAGCAACGGUCUCCGGUUCGAAUUCAAACGCCGGAAGACAUGACCCAGAACAUUGGGAUGUCGUGGCGAGCACUGCACCAGGCGUGGCUGUAAAGACAGACACAAGGUCGCCGGGACGUUGGGCCCAAGGGGCUGCGCUGCAUCAAAAGAAUCCAUCACCGGCUCUCCAUUGUUGGUACCAAGCUUUUCGAGCCACUUUUCAUCGGCUUCGUGGGGCUCCGGCCACGCUAUUGUUGGCGACACACCCUGGCUGGGUCGUCGGUGGUCGUCGGACAAUAUGUCGGGUCCAAGUCCGUCCAACAUCUGGUUUUCCAAGUUGUAAUGCCUUGGCUACAAACCCGCUGGUUGAUGCCAAAGCAUCCGAGAUUAAAAAUAAAACUCUUGCUCCAGGCCAGGCCGUGGGGAAGCCGACAACGGCCAAAGCACAGCUGGUCGACAAAAGUCUAUAUGCUCGAGUCGCAUGGCCCAUUAUACUUUUGAUUUUAGGCUCUGCUGCUGAGGUCUUGACUCUGUCCGCAAUACAAAUGACUACCGCUUUAUCGUUUUGA